AUGCCAAACAAAGGCAUCCCUUUCAACCCCUCCACCGACAUCCCCUCCCUCUCCGGCAAAGUCAUCCUCAUCACCGGAGCCAACUCAGGCCUUGGCCAAAAAUCCGCGCUCGAACUCUCAAAACACAACCCCUCCGAACUCUGGAUCACCGCCCGCAGCACCGAGAAAGCAGAAGCCGCCGUCGCAGAAAUCAAAGCCGUUUCCCCAAACGCGAACAUCAAAGCUCUCGCCCUGGAUCUAGGAUCUUUCGAGUCGAUCAAAGCUGCCGCGAAGAAGUUCCUUUCCGAGGCGUCGAGACUUGAUGUCCUCAUGCUGAAUGCAGGCAUUUUCGGACAUCCGCCUGCCCUGACGGAAGAUGGAUAUGAGAUCCAUAUGGGCACGAAUCAUCUCGGGCAUGCGUUGCUGCUCAAACUCCUGGCUCCUCUGCUCGUCAAAAGCGCAGCAGACGCAGAUGUGAGAGUCUUGAUCCUGACUUCGAUAGGCUGGAGAUUGGGUCCCAAGCAAGUUCUCGAAUUCGAAACCUUCAAAACCGUCGAAGGCGCGAGCCCGAUCAUGCGCUACGUGCAGAGCAAAUUCGCGAAUAUGCUCUACGCGGAGCAGGUCGCGAAGCACUUCCCUCAGUUCACGACCAUCUCGCUGCAUCCGGGGGAAGUUGGCACGGCGCUGUUUUCGCGGGAGCCCGGGGAUGAGCAGAUCCGGUAUUUGCAGAAGGAGGUGGUGCCGACGAAGAUUGUGCCUGUUGAUGAGGGUGUGAAGAAUCAGCUCUGGGCGGCUGGGGCGUCUGGUCUGGUGAGUGGGGCGUAUUAUGAGCCGGUGGGAGUGCUUUAUCAGGAGAAGCUCCAGGAGGGUCAUGUUGAGAUCGCGGAGAAGCUGUGGGAUUGGACGGAGAAGGAACUCGAGGGCCAGGUCGUGUGA